CAAAUUCUGCACUUUACGAUAUGAGUUUAAACCGGCAUCAAUUGAUGAUACUAAACCGGGAUUGUUACAUAAGAGUAAAGAUAAUAAGGUUAUGUUGGAGUUUCAAAACAAUCAAGUUAAUAAAACCAAAGUUAGAUUUGAUGGUGUUAGUGAGGAUUUUAAUGAUAGAGAUAAAGAUGCAAUUCUCUUCUUUGAUGGCGAAAAUUUUCGAUUGGAGAAGCUUCACCGGGCUGUUAAGCGUUUAAAAUACUUACGUGUUCCUGACGAAUCCGCUGCGGCUAGUAGAGUAGUUACAAAGGUUGUUGUACCUCCAGUUGCAGACACGGUUAAACCGGUUAAGAUGGCAGAUAUUGAUAUUAACAAUCCUAUUGAAUUUGAGGAGGAUGUGAACAUUGAUGAUGGCGAUGAACCAGCAAGAGAAGAAAUUAUACGGACAAAGGAGUUUCAAACUGGUGGCCUUGACAUUGACAUUAAUCUUCCGCAUCCUGCUGAAAUGGAGGAGGAUGAGAUUGCAGUUGUAGAUAUUAAUGAUGACGAAUCCUACAAAGGUCUGAACGCAGCAGAAGCACUCAGAGCACAAGUAAACGCAGAAGCGAGAGAGGAGUCUGGAAAGAGUUCGAGUUCAGGCAGCGGUAAAGAAAGUGAGAGCAGUGAAAGCGGAGUUGAGAGUAGUGGUAGUGGAAGUAGUAGUAGUAGCAGUGGAAGCAGAAACAGCGGUAGUGAAGGUGGAACUGCUAGCGAGAGUGGAAGCCGGGCUAGUCACUAGGUCAGUUAUGUAUUUUCUAGUGUUUAUGCUUUUGAUGUUAAGUUUUUUUUUGUGAACGAAAUAGGGAAUGUGGAAUCAGUGUCUUAGCUUUAGGAGUUUAGCAAUUUGCCAUGUAAAUAAAUACUGUGUUGUUCA